AUGGCUCUCUCUCAACUAUCCCAGUGGAACAUCCCACCAGAGCUCCUUCAGGAGGUAUCAAAAUAUGCCACCCCGACUGGCUUCGCCGAUUAUAUAGCGCUGGCCAUCCUCGUCGGUACAGGAGCAACCUUCCUCUCGCGAGGAAUCCUGUGGGAUAAGCCUGAUCCAUACCACCACCUUGCCUUUGAAAGGCCCCAAUUGAAAAAUGGUGGCCAACUCGGUGCCAAUGCCAACAGAGAAACGAGGAAUAUUGCACAGAAACUGGAAGAGACUGGGAAGAACAUUGUCGUCUUUUGGGGGUCACAGUCUGGUACCGCCGAAGGUUUUGCCCAUCGGCUAGCUAGGGAAAUCACCUUGCGCUGGGGUCAGGAGACCAUGACGGCAGAUCUCUCAGACUAUGACCCUGCUACCAUUGCGGAGAUCCCUGACUCAAACCUGGCCAUUUUCAUCGUCUCUACAUAUGGUGAAGGUGACCCCAGUGACAAUACUGCCGAUUUCUGGAGUUGGAUCAACAAGGCCGAUGCUGUCUCACUCGCCAACUUGCGAUACGCAGCCUUUGGUCUGGGUAACUCCAACUACAAAUUCUACAAUCGUGUUAUCGAUGUCAUUGCGGAAGGCCUGGAGAAGUUUGGAGCAAAUGCUUUCAUGCCCAUCGGCAGAGCAAACGAUGCAGAGGGCGCUACCGAGGAAGACUUCAUGGCCUGGAAAGAUAACUUGUUCACUUGUUUCCGGACGCAAUUUGGCUUCCAAGAAGUCGAAGCUAAAUACAUUCCCACCCUCAUGGUUGACGAGGAUGAGUCCUUGGAGCCCAUCGACCUCCACAAUGGAGAGCCCAACAACCAACUCGAUGGACACAAGUCAGCCACUCAAUCUUCGCCGGUUCGCACAUUAAGCAUCACCAACUCCAGAGAACUUUUCACUGCAUCUGACCGAAACUGCCUGCAUAUGGACUUGGACUUGAGCAGCCAGCCCGAUUUAACCUACAAGACUGGCGACCACCUUGCCAUCUGGCCUGGAAACCCCGAUGCUGAGGUUGAGCUUCUGCUACAAGUACUUGGUAUCUCCUCUCGUCGCAAUAUUCCACUCAUUAUCAGGGCCAUUGACUCGGCCACCAAAAUCACGAUCCCGACCCCGACGAGUGCGAUUGCUCUUUUCCGCCACUACCUUGAAAUUUGUGCUCCGGUCAACCGUGACAACAUUCGCGAUCUCGCACAAUUUGCUCCGACCCCAGAGGCGAAGGCCUACUUGAUGAAACUCGGUCAGGAUAAGGAGUUCUACGCCGAUUUCAUCAAUUGCACACACCUCAAUCUGGGCCGCCUUUUGCAACUCGCAUGCCCCGACCAGGCUUGGUCUAACCUCCCACUCGCAUACCUUGUCGAAACGAUGCCUCACAUCCGUCCUCGAUAUUAUUCCAUCUCCUCGAGCAGUGUCGUCUCUCCUCGCAAACCAUCUAUCACUGUGAUCGCCUCUACAAACCCUCUUCAAGACAAUGCCAACGAACUCGUGCAUGGUGUCACAUCCAACUACCUCCUCGCAAUUUCUCAACACCUCCACUCCCAGCCUCACCCACACGGACUUACCUACCAUCUCAAUGGCCCUAGCGACGCCCUAGAGGGUGGCAAAGUCUUUGCUCAUAUCCGUCGUAGCAAGUUCAAGCUGCCCAUCACGAGCAAAACACCCCUUAUCAUGGUCGGUGCCGGCACAGGCCUAGCCCCUUUCCGCGCAUUCCUAUCCGAGCGAUGCCAAGUACAGAAGAUUGGCAAGGAAAUUGGGCAAAUGAUUCUUUUCUUUGGAUGCCGAAAUCCCAAUGAAGAUUUCAUUUAUCGAGAAGAGUUGGAGGAGAUGCAGAAGGUUCUUGGCGAUAAGCUGCGCCUGGUGACUGCAUUCUCGAGGGAUGAGGGCUCACCGCGCAAAUAUGUGCAAGAUCGGGUUUCAGAGCUUGGUGACGACGUCGUGAAGCUCAUCGACGAGGGUGGUAGCUUCUAUGUCUGUGGAAGGGCGGGGAUGGCGCGCGAGGUGGAGAAAGCCGUUGGUGGUGCCAUGAAGAUUGCAAAGGGCUGGUCAGAUGAUGAGACGAAUAACUGGAGUAAGGCUGUGAAGAAGAAGAACAAGUGGCAGGAAGAUGUUUGGGGAUGA